AUGACCGACAUAAAAAUGCUAGAGAAACUCCACAGACUGGAUAAAUCCCUAGACACAUACAAAACACUUAUAGCCAAGAGAUCUGGAUUAACAACUCUACUAAAUUUACAAUCGAAAUAUAAACUAUUACUGACUAAGCACACUUACUACACACAGGGAGGCAAAAGUGGGCUCCUAUUAGCCCAAUCCCUACAACCAAAAAGACAAACAACAUUCAUAUCAUCUAUCACACCACAAAAUGGCAAAAAGUCUUGCCUCGUGCCUGACAUUAUCACAUCCUUCCAGGAGUUCUAUACCAAAUUAUAUAAUUUAAGGGACAAACCCCCACCAGACCACAAGAUUAGAGAAUUUCUCUCCAAACGGAACAAACACACUAUCCCCCGCAAUGCCCUGGAGGCCCUCUAA